AUGGCUGCCGCUGCAACCCAAUCCGGCCCUAAGGGCUCCAAGAAGAAGAAUACCAUCGCCGCUCAGCGUGCCGAGUCUCCUGCCCCGAGUGUAGGGUCUGGUGCUGCAGCCGACUCCCAGGACGACGGCUUCGAAAGCCCUUAUAUCAAGGAGUUGCAGAAGAACAUCCGUAAUCUCAACAAGAAGAUCACCAAUGCCUCAAAGACCGAUGCGCUUCUCAGCCAGCACGCUGGCAAAUCUCUUGAUGAGUUGGUUGCCUCCAGGAUCAUCAACACAGACCAAAAGGCGCAGAUUCUGAAGAAGCCUGCUCUUCAAGCCCAGGUUACUCAGGCUGAGGAGCAGCUUGCGCAGUACCAAAAGGUCCAUGACCAAUACCGCUCACGAGCCUCAACCGAAAAGGCCGAGUGGGAGAAAUCCGUGGAAAAGGCCAAGGCCGAUGCUGUGAGCGAAGCCGAGGCUGCUUUUGAGAAAUCUACAAAAGAGAAGCUCCUUGUCCUAUCUCAGUUUUUGCGCCUUGCUGCCUACCGCCGUGAGGAUGCUGCCGAUCCCGAGUUGGACGAAAAUCAGGCUAUUGAGGGUGUUCUUUUGGCUAUCUAUGCUGGGGAUGACACUGCAGUUGCAUCCAUGCUGAAGCUCGUGGAUGGUUCUGACGAUAAGGUUCUUAGCGUGCCUGGAGAACCACUGCAGACUACCUACUCUGUCGUCAAGACACUUGCGCAGGCUCCUUUCCAUUCCGAAGUAGCCCAGCCUGCUGAGGGAGACGGCCCUACUGAGGUAGUUACAGAUCCCACUGUGGCAAACGCUGCAGCAACUGAGCUUGCCGAUACCGAUGUCUCUGCUCCAACUACGGAGAAGGCUGUCGAGGCUACCAACGGACAUGCUAAUGCCAAUGUUUCUGACGAUGCCGCUAAUGCCGUGGCUGAGAGUCACUGGGAUGCCGAUGCUGGCCUUUCGGCUUCACAGGAAUGGGUAGAUGUUAAGAUCCCACGAGACCCAUCCGAGACAGAAACUGGUCUGGCCGCUACGCCCGCUGCAACCGUCAAUACGCAGUCUUGGGCUGACGAACAGCCAGACCCAGCUAAACCCUCUGACGGCAACGACGGAUUUCACCAGGUCCAGCGCAACAAGACUCGCCCAGAGCGUGAGGGUGGUGGCAACUGGCGUGGUCGAGGCGGGCGAGGGGAGCAUCGUGGCCGCGGUGGUCACCGUGGGGACGGCCGUGGACGUGGACGAGGACGUGGCGGAAUGCCCUCUCGACCCCGUCGAAACGAAGAGUCUUAA